AUGAGUUUUGAUAAACUGAAUGAUUGUCCGACCAAUGAAAAUAAUCACGAAGACACUCUGCUCAAAAAUAAACUCUACGCAUGGUUUGAAGAAAAAGGAUUGAUUAAUAAUUUACGAGCACACAUUAGAGAGCAAAUGAUAACAUCGUUGCUGGAUCGGAAUUCUUGGAACACUAUAAAACAAAACAUUACUUCUCCUAAAAUUCAAGCAUUCCACUUGUUAAUAGCAGAGUUUUUAAUUUAUCAAGAAAAUGUAUUUACUUUACCUGUUUUCAUGGCUGAAGUACCAUUAUUGGGCAACUUAAAAAAGUUUUCGACUUACGUCAAUCGAGUGGGAGUAUCAUCGUCAAAUUCUUCAUUGCCUAAACCGAGGUUUCAAUUAUGUGAAGUACAAGAUAUAUUAGAAGCUUUGGGUGUACACCCCAGUUCCGAUGUUACGAAAAACGUAUGCCAAAUAUAUUUUAGCCAUGACAAUACUGUUCCAUUAAUCAUGAGUCUUUUCAAAGGUUUUUCUUCUAUGCAUAUUAACCAAAAAAACCAUCAAACACAGUACACGAAACAAUUGCCUAUGAAUAACGAAAAUUUAAGGCUUAAAAAGCAAAACAAAGAAAUUGUGGAUAAAGUAGCUGAAGUUGAAAAAAUGCCAGCGGCGCAGCAUAGAAAUAUACUCUUUGAUAAAGAACAAAUAGAAUAUGUUACGCAACAACUUCGUACUGAACAACACCAUUUAUAUCAGUUAAUUGACAUUUUCGAAGAAAAGGAAAAAAAAAUACAGUCAUUAGAAGCUGACUAUUAUAAAAAAUUACAAGAUGUGGAAAAUCAAAAAUGUGAACUGAAGCUUAGAGAAAUGGAAAUUAUAAAACAAGAAAAGAUAAGAGAAGGAAAGUUACCAAAUAUUGCAGAAGAGGCAGACCAAAUUGAAUGUAGUCGAGUAAAAAAUUUAGAGGCACAAAAUGUAUAUUUAACUAAAGAACUAGAAGAUUUUAAAAUUAAACUUAACGAGCUUGAACAAUACAAAACAAUUGAACGCGUGAAUAUAAAUGAAGAUAAAAAUAAUAUACUAAAUGUUGAAGCGUCAUUGGUAAACGACAAAGAAAUGGUUGGUAAAUUACAAAAAGAAAAUGAGGAGUUACGCGAAUUUAUUACAAUUCAACGACAUAGAAUUGAAGAAUUGUCGUAUAGAGCUUCUAAUUUGGCAAAAAAAAUUGAAAAAACUCAUCUAGUGUCUCCAACUCUCAGUGAUUAUCGUCGUGCAAGGACUGUAAAAAAAAAGCUUGCUUUCGUUGAAAACCUAAAACCAAAAAAUCGUUUAAUCCUACAACAUAAAUUUACUAAUACAACCAGUGAUCACUCGACAACUUUGUUGGAGUCGGACAAUCAGACCGACGACGAAAUGAUACAAGAAGCAACGGCUAGACUAAAUAGAAUAAAAGUGGAUAAGGCUAAGGUCCAACAAGACUUCGAAACUUUCCAAUCUCAACGCAUAAAGAGUAAAAAUACUUAUCAAAGGCAAAUUGUAAACAGGAAAUCUUAUAACGAAAUACGUUCAUAUUUAUCUGAUGAUUCAGACUUGGAUAUUUUCAAAACUAAUAAUAGAAAUAAAAGGAAUUUAAAAGAAUUAGCCAAUAGAAUUGGAUAUCAUCGAUCAAUUAGACGAGACAAUCAGCCUAUACUAAACGUCUAUGAAACAAGUCCUAGGAUUUUCCGAAAUACGAGCAUAAAAAGUUGUUCUAAUGAUAUAUCCCCUAUCGAAAUUCCGCUAUCUAAUAGAUUUGAUUACGAAUCAACCAAUUCAAAUAUUCAAUUACCGAACGAUUAUAAUAGAAAAGUAUCGUUGAUAGAUGAAUCGAAUGUGAUAAUAAAAAAUAAACUACAAUCUACAGCAUCUACUUCUAAGAAAAUACUUUCUGAAUCUGAUUCAUUGAAAGAAAAUAAAUCGGAUACGAAUGAAACAGAAUGUAACAUAGGUGAUAGAGCGCAAACAGAUAUUGUAGCUAAGAAUUCAAAAAAUAUACAAUAG